AUGUCUGUCUCUUCUAACACCAUAGUUCUACAGCCGUUGGUUGCAGAGAUCCACAAUGACACGUUACUGACGCUUGGUCUUGCUUUGAACGAUGGCAACCGCCUAGCGCCCAUCUUUUCUCAAUAUGGCAAAAUCCCACAUGUCUUACGGGACCUUGACGAGAGUGUGCACAAGUUUGUGACUCUUUGUUUGGCCAACCCCGCGCUCCCCAAGAUGCCUCAAUCACCGGCGUUUGAAGUGGUGUUUGGUAUUUGCAAGACCAUCCAGCAACUUUGCCAUGGCGCGACGCCCGAAGCUUUAUCUACGGAAGUCAGUGCAUCUUUGUCCGUCAAGCCUGGCAAUGUCCUUUCUGUUGGAAACUCCUCCACUGGUGGCGGCGCCACUCCUGGAGAGCGCAUGGAGCCUUCACGUCACAAGCAGGAGGAUGAGGUAACACGAUAUGACCUCAUAUUAUUUAUCUUGCAACUCAUUGACGGUAUGCAGGCCAUGUCCGUUGACAACGACGGCCCAAGUCAAAUUGCAAUCCCUACCACCAUUGUGGACUCUUCUACCCCUGGUGCUUCUCAGCUGGGUUCUUCUUCUGUUUUGUCUAAGGGCAAGGGGACAAACAAGCGGCCUGAAACUGUUCUACUUGACUAUGAAGCCGCCGGUGUAUCAUCCAGUGAGCCUGCAUUGCAGAAGGCAUGCCGAUAUGCCAACAAACGUGUGCGCUCCAAAGAGGCUAAGUCUAUGACUACACUGGGUUUCUCUCCCAAGAACUUGUCUGUAGACCAUGCUUUGUAUAAUCUCUACAAGGAAAAAGCCGACUAG